AUGAGGGAAAAGAUGAGGGAGAAGAGGAGGGAGAAGAGGAGGGAGAAGAGGAUGGGAGAAGAGGAGGGAGAAGAGGAGGGAGAAGAGGAGGGAGAAGAUGAGGGAGAAGAUGAGGGAGAAGAGGCGGGAGAAGAGGAGGGAGAAGAGAUGAGGGAAAAGAGGGAGAAGAUGAGGGAGAAGAGGAAGGAGAAGAGGAGGGAGAAGAUGAGGGAGAGAUGA